AUGCUGUUUAAGAACUGCAAGACGUAUUUUGCAUUUCUGACGUUCCUAGUUUGGACCGUCUCUGUUUGUGCCCGGCCGACUUCGGCAGAAUGGCAACCGCAAUUGCCACUUGAACUUGGCAGUCAUAGAGGCAAUCGCAAUGUCUCCAUUGAGCUCUUCAUGGAGCUGGAGGAACUGGCGCGUAUCGUAGAUAUAUCCUACUGCGUUGGAAGUACGGGAAUCCAAAAGCCAUUUGCUUGCGUCAGUCGUUGUUCGGAGUUUGACGGAUUUGAGCUUGUCACGACAUGGAAUACAGGCCCGCUCUUAUCUGAUUCGUGUGGCUACAUUGUGCUAUCGCAUCCUCCAUCCGAGCCUCGAAUCAUUGUCGCAUUCCGAGGAACCUAUUCCAUCACAAACACUAUUGUCGAUCUGUCGACUGUUCCCCAGGAGUAUAUCCCAUAUCCCGGAGGAAAUGCCACCAGCCUGGACAGUUUGGCUUCUCGAGAUCGAUUGCACUCGGCUUCGUCGAGUCAAAAUGACGACUUUCCCAACGUCAGCGAGGACCCCCCGUGCAACAACUGCACCGUGCACUCUGGAUUCUAUUCAUCAUGGCUACACACAAAGCCUCACGUCCUUCCGCAUCUCAAGACCCUCAUUGCGGAACAUCCUGCCUACAAGCUGACAUUAGUCGGCCACUCUCUAGGCGGUGCCGUGGCGGCAAUCGGCGCGUUAGAAAUGCAAUCUCGGGGCUGGAAGCCACAAGUCACAACCUUUGGCGAACCACGCGUGGGAAAUAAAGCAUUGAUGCAAUACAUUGAUCAGCGUUUCGAUCUCGGCGGACUAGAAGAACCACAUGGUUCACAACCCUCGCGAUCAAAGUCCGGGACCAGAUCCUCCUUUCGGCGCGUCACGCACGUCGAUGACCCUGUGCCACUUCUCCCUUUGCGUGAAUGGGGCUACCGCAUGCACGCAGGAGAAGUAUAUAUUUCGAAGAAACCAUUGUCGCCCACGCCAACAGAUCUGCAGCAUUGUUUCGGCGAUGAAGACCCAGCUUGCAUUGCCAGCGCGGAAUCCAGUGACACUGAUACUGAAUUUGCCGCCGCCCUUGGUGCCCUCUUGCUCAGCAGUGACAGCGCUGCAGACGAACCCCUGGAUGCGCAAGCAGACAUUGACUCAAAAGCAGAUGCUGGCACCGAAAUGGACACUGAACUUAAAGCUCGCGGUCUGAUUCCGUCCCGGUUCAAGCUAUGGGAGCUCUUUUUCGCUCACCGGGAUUAUUUCUGGCGCUUGGGCCUGUGCGUGCCUGGUGGGGAUCCCCAUGACUGGUACAGAAAGUACCCUCAUUUGGGCGAUGGCGAUGGCGACUGA